CAACUGACUUCGUAAGCAACAAAAGAGGUUGCCAGGCGAGGACAAUAAAAUUCUAGAAUAUCCAGAGAUUGGAUUUCAUUCCUGUUCCGUAAUGCCCCCUGGACUUUCUGUUUUGGGGUGUGAGGCUUUUUUUGUUCGUUUGUCUCCCACACAGAAAACCUGCACCCAAAGUAAGGUGCUGGGGAGUUCUUUGUGGCACUGAACUUGGCCUUGAGUGUAUUUUACCCAAUGCAAUCAUUUGAAAUGUUUGUGCAACAAAGCUAAGUGCAACUGACUGUAUCUGUAGACUUGAAAAAUCUGAAGAAACAAUUCAAAAAAACCUCAUCCCGUUGCCAAGUGACCCUUCGGAUACAUUUGCUGGGAUGUGUGGAAGCACAUAAAGCUGAAGAAGAACCAAUUUUUUGCUGGUGGAAAAAAAAAUAAAUUAAAAAAUAAUUUUCCUGGCAGAGGUUUUCCAGCUGAGCAGACUUGUAAGCACAUGUUGGAGAACUCCACAAGUGUCCUUACUGUGAUCAGGGAGCACCCCCAGAGAAGUGCAGGCUGCCAUUAAGAGAUGUAAAAGGGAGCAGAAGGGAGGAAAGAUGCCCACGCAGCCUCUCCUGGCAUACAUGGACGGACCCGAGGGAAUCGCCAGCGCCGUGGGCGCCCAGAUGGAGACCAGCGAUGCCUCCAUGACGAUAAAAGGAACAAACACCAUCUCCUACAAAAGCCUGCAGGAGAAGUUCCUGCUGCAGGCCGAGGGCUGCAUGCCCCUGGACUGCAUGUUCUGUGACGAGACUUUCAAGCACCCCGAGGAGCUGGGGAAGCACGUGCUGACUCAGCACAGGCCCACGCUGUGCGAGCCCGCCGUGCUCAGGGUGGAGGCAGAGUAUCUCAGUCCUCUGGAUAAAUGUCAGGUAAGAACCAGCUCACCUUCACCGAGCAACGAGCAGGACAGCGAAGAGCUCAGCUGUAAAGUUUGUGGGCAAACGUUUGAUAAAGCUUUUGACAUUGAAGCACACAUGAAAAAGCAUAAAGAUUCUUUCACGUAUUGGUGUAAUGUUUGUGGGCGAAGAUUUAAAGAGCCGUGGUUCCUCAAAAAUCAUAUGAGAACGCACACUGGAAAACCUGGUUCUAGAAACAAGCACCAACAAGGUUCUGAAGGCCCCAUAACAAUAAAUGAGGUGGUGCAGGAGCACGUAACUGAAAAUGUAACGUCACCUUACAAAAUUUGUAUGGUUUGUGGUUUCCUAUUUCACAAUAAAGAGACUCUAAUUGAGCACAGUAAAGUGCACACCAAAGAAUCAGUUCCCAACGGUGAAAGCCCCCAAGUGACUGCUGAAGUCAAUGCAGAAGAAACAUCUCAAAACCAAGAAUUUUUCCAAUUCUUGAACUUGAGACCAAAUUCCGUUCCGGAAAAGGACAAACUGCAGAAACUUGCCAAGUGGAUCGCUGAGCUGGAUCCUUUCACCACGUAUCAAGCGUGGCAGCUGGCUACCAAAGGUAAAAUUGCAGUUGGCCACGGGCAGAUUAAAGAACCGGGACAAGAAGGAAGUACAGACAACGAUGAGUCAUCUUCAGAUAAAGAAGAACUCUGUGAAAUUUGGAAUGCAAAUAAAGGUAGCCAGGCUGAAACGACAGGGAAGUCAAAGGUAAAUAAAAACAGCGGUUUUGCAGGGAAUGGUAGCUUAACCCAGGACAAACUGAAACAUCCCGCUGGUGAAGUGCCUUCUAUGGAGAUGGAUUCUAAAUCAUCCCAGAACAAAGAGAAGCCAACCCACUGCUCCGAGUGUGGGAAAGCCUUCAGGACAUACCACCAGCUGGUCCUUCACUCCAGGGUGCACAAGAGGGACCGGCGGGGUGAUGGAGAGACUUCCACUGCUGCCAGGACCUACUGUGCCGAUAUCAUUGCGAACCUGGAGGAGAACGGGGCAGCAGAGAGGAUGGAAGGAGGCUCUGAGGAUGGCUCUGAAGAUGGGCUUCCAGAAACAAUUAAUUUAGAUAAAAAUGAAGACAGUUUGGAAAGAACAAAAGUUAAAACCCUUGGAACCUCCAGAGAAUGCAGCUACUGUGGAAAGUAUUUUCGCUCCAAUUAUUACCUCAAUAUUCAUCUCAGAACUCAUACAGGUGAAAAGCCGUACAAAUGUGAAUUCUGUGAGUAUGCAGCAGCCCAGAAAACUUCCCUGAGGUAUCAUUUAGAGAGACACCACAAGGACAGGCACGGUGACGGCGCCGCUGAUGGGAAGGGUGACAGCAAAGGUUCCCUGCGGGGUCAGGAGACAGCGCUGUCACUGGCUGCUGAUGCUGCUCCAGAAACCAAAAAUCUGAAGAGGCUUUUUGAUGGUGCCAAAGAUGCUGAGAGCUGCCCACCUGCCAAGCAGCAAAAGGAAGUUCUGUCCUUGAGCAAUGCAAUAGGCAGCACAGUCUUUUUAAAAGUAAAGAACAAUUCCAGGGAAUCGAACAAAGGUUCUGUUUGUAGCGGUUUGAAUCAAAUACCUGAGAGCGUGCCCGCUCCUUACCCAGAAAAAUUAAAGGCUGAGAAGGAAACCAAGGAAGCUCAGCCUAAAAGAGAGAGAAAGGCUUCUGUGGCAUCAGAGGAAGAUGAUGUCCAGUAUAUCUGUGCUUUUAUUGGUGGGAAAAAUGUGAACAAUAUGCAAGAAUGCACUGAGAACUACAAACGCAGACCUGUCGUGGACUGCCAUGAGCAGCCCUUGGACUUAUCCAGUAAAACUUCCCAGGAAUGCUCAGUGGUUGCAAGCAGAGGCCUGCUGGCCCCCAGCACCUGUCCCUUCUGCACCUACAGGACAUUUUACCCCGAGGUCCUCAUGAUGCACCAGAGGCUGAUGCACAAGUACAACCCUGACACCGUGAACAAGAACGGCUACAGGAGCAAGGCCGUGGCCAAGGCCCGGCGCACAGGCUGCCCCCCGGCCCUGCUGGGCAAGGAUGUGCCUCCUCUGCCUCUCCAUCCCAACAAAAACAAGGCUUCCACAAACCCACAGCAAAAACCACUGCAGGCAGGGAAAGCCAAGCAAUGUGCCCCUCCACAGAACAAAGCCCCUCUCUUCUCCGUGAGCGAGUCAGGCAGUACAGCCCCGAGUAACCUCAAGUUUCAUAAACAGCAGAGUAAUAUUGGAGCUCAGGCAAACAACUACAGACAACCUCAGCAAGAAGUGCACUCCAGUUCCAGUAUCUCUCCAGUACUGGACAGAGUAAAAAGAUCUGAAUCAAAAAUCAAAGCUCUGGGUGCCCCAGUGACUCAGUCUGGUCUGAUCAACAGCAGCAUGAAUGGGGUUCUGGAGUCUCACCUCGGUGAACCUGGCUGGGCUUGCCACCGAGGGAGAGACUAUCUCUGCAGUAAAUCCGGGAGCAAUGCAACUCUGGACUAUGGAGAAACCUCUUCCAAGCGGAUGAAACCCUCUCUGGUAGCUGUGGAGCACCUGGACUCUCCUCUGGCUAAUUACAGGAGAUACGAAAUGAGCAGAUUUCGUGUUGCAAACAGAUAUGCAAAUCUGCUACCUCAGGAAUACCCUCGCCCCAAAGCCACAUCCUCUGUUCUGCCAACCAAACAAGGGCUCCUCAGUGCAGAUGAUGUUGAUCCUCCCAAUGCAUUGACUGCUCUCAAACCUUACGAGCCAUACAGCUCUGGAUCACUUUAUGGUUCUUGUGGAUCUAGCAAUGGCCAAGUCACCAGCUCAACAGGAGAAGGAAGGAGAUCAGUGUCAUACCAACACUUACCCAGCAAUCUGCUGCAGAAGAGAAGUUAUGAGCCCUUCGUGGGGAACACACCCUUCAGACCCAGUGACAAGAAGAACUGAAUCACUCAAGAACGGUCUAAGGACACAAGUGCAUAUUCCAUGGAGUUAUAGCUGCAGUUCAUCCCCUGAGGAAGAGAAAAUGGUGAAAGCUACUGAACUAAGCUGUGAUUGUACUGUAUAUAGAAACACUACAGUUUUAUAAUAUUGGUUCUUUUAACAUUUUGUACCAAAUAGCCAUACAAAGUAGUCUAAACAGUUGGGUUAUGAAGGUGUGUGGAGAAUGUAUAUCUUGACCUUGACUUUUGAGUAUUUUUCAUUAGAAUUAAUUGACCAAAUAUUAGGUAGGAGUUCUAUUUUUACAUACUUGAGCGCUGCUGAAGAGUUUCUCUUGGAAAGAAUAUAUAUCGUUGCACCUCAGGUAAACUGUAAAUACUGAAGUUGAAAAUCCUGUUGGCGUAAUGCUCCUUUUUCAUAAGUGAAAGUUUCUCAUCUGUUGUUUUUUUUCCUGUUGAACUAUGUUAGUUUUUUAAAACAAGUUCCAAAUAAACUGUCUGAAACUGUCCUGUUUAUAAAUGUUGUGAACAUUAAAGCAACGGUGCUGACAUUGAUCUGCCUUGGCUGGGUGAGGACCAGGACAUGCUGGAGGGCUCUGCUUCUCUGGGGCUCUUUCCAGCAUCUUUUUAAAUGCAAGCAUGAGGCAAUACUUGACAUUUUGGAUUUCCUGAAAUGUGCUUGGAUUCUUCUCUUGGCAUUGGUUGCUGUUUUUCAGAGAAGCCUCUUAAAAACACCUCUGCCACCAUCCAGACAGAAAAUCCCUGGGACUUGCUUGAGAAACAAUAAUAAUCUCCAUGUUUCAAAUGUUUGGUUCUGUACUAAGCUCCACACAGUCACAUUUAGAGAAAAAAAAAAACUUCUUUGCACCUUUGUCCAAAGCUGUAAAGUCUCAAACAGCAGCCUUGAAAUACGAAUUUGGGUUCUCCAGACUUCAAAAGGGAUGUGGCUGUGAUGGAGUCUACUUGACUGUGCUUGGAAGCUUCUUGAUGUCAACUUUUAGCAUCCACUGGGUGUUUAAAAUGUGUGAGAAAUAACCUGUAGAUGGGAGAAUAUCUCCUUUUAUUUUUUUGUGAAGACAACAAGAGUUUUUUCUAAUGCACAUGCAGUUUAAUUCUUGUAAAGGGAAGAUGGCCAGUUACCAGCCAGUAAAGCAGAACUGUUGCAUAUUUUGA